AUGUGCCUUUCAUCAUUAACAACUUCACCCUGUUCGGCGUCAUCUACUGAUUCAUCAUCAUUAUCCGGAGCAGCAUCGAAAAGAAACGAUAUGAUGGAAAAUAAUUUGCAAGAGGAUUUCUCUUCAGAGGAUAUGCUUGUAGCUAAAAAUUCUAUGCCUGAAGAUGAUCCAAAUGGUAAUACCUUACAUGAUGCUAGAGAAAUUCGUUGGGGACCUCAACAUGCUGGUGCGAAAUUACUUGCUAGCCAAUAUACAAAAGAAAAACGUUUUCAAGAAAUCAUCUCCAUUAUUCUAUGCAUUAUAUUUAUGAUCUAUAAUUUUUUCUUUAUCUGUCGUUAUUUUGAUGUGAGAAAUUGCUAUCUUAUCAUUCCUUCGGCUUUACUAGGUAUUCUAACAGCAGACCUAGCUUCAGGCAUUGUUCAUUGGUGUGCUGAUACAUGGGGCUCAGUUGAUAUGCCAUUUAUCGGCCGAAAUUUUCUACGUCCAUUUCGAGAACAUCAUAUUGAUCCAACAUCAAUAACACGCCACGAUUUUGUCGAAACUAAUGGCGACAAUUUUGCAGUUACCGUUCCCUAUCUUUUAUAUAUGGCCUACAAAUUUACAUAUUGGAAUGAUACCGAUCUACGAAAAAUAUACAAUUUUGAAGUUUACAUGUUUCUUCUAGCAAUAUUUGUCUCAAUGACCAAUCAAUUUCACAAAUGGUCACACACUUAUUUUGGCUUGCCUAGUUAUAUAGUUUUUCUACAACGUUAUCAUGUCAUACUACCUCGUAAACAUCAUCGACUACAUCACGUCGUACCUCAUGAUACUUAUUUUUGCAUUACAACCGGCUGGUUGAAUUGGCCACUUGAGAUGAUUAAAUUUUGGCCAUGGCUUGAAUCCAUCGUAGAAACAUAUACAGGAGCAAAACCCCGCUCAGAUGAUUUCGCUUGGGCACAAAAGACCGAAAAAGUUCAUUGCUAUUAG